AUGACCACAUCAAGUCUUCUCACCACGCCAGGGGUGAGUCUCGACAAUGCCACGCGGGAAUGCCUGAGGGCCGCUCAACUCGACGACCGACCCGUCUCGGAGUUUGCUCUCUGGAUGCAGGGUCUGGAGUCGUAUGUGCCGCGACUUGCAAAUGGGAAGGAACGCAUGAAGGGCAUCUAUGACCGUAUCUUACCUGUUGUUCGAAAAAAGCUUGAAAAGAAACUUCAAUAA